GACUGGUGGAACGCUACCGAACAUCACCAUUCUUUCUGUUUUCCUGCCACCUGUGGAUAGCGCAUGGAUGACUGUUUACCGCAACCGUCUCAUCUGCUGAUUCCUAGUCGACUCAAGACCUCGUUUUCCAGCACCGUUGGUCCGUGCACUUCCCUCGUCGUUUUGACCGAUGAUCCCGCAUCGGCGGAAACCACGUUGGCAUCAGGCCAUUUGAAUGGCUGGGCACUUUUGUGGUCCUUGAACAAACGACGGAAUUACUACCAGUGGAUUGCCCAUCCGAACGGACAGGUUACGUCACUGCAUUGGUGGUCGCAAAAUUCCGUCAUCAUAUCACAAGGUCGCGAUGGAUACAUCCGGUUCUGGUUAAUACCGAUCGGAAAUUUGUCCCUGCUGCAAUCAACUUCUUCACCGGUGCAAACCAUGACAGAAAUCCGGACCUGUGACGUUACCUUUUGUUCAAUGGACCUAUGGUCUGAAUCCAGCAAUUCAUCAUCAGACCUUGUACACUACCUGGCCCACAUUUCCGAUAACGACGAUAGUUCAGAUAGGACAAACUCCAUUGAAGUCAUCCAACUCCCUCAGAACUUAAUCAUUUUCAACUCUUGCUGUGUGCAACCUGAUGAAGGCAUCACUGGAUUAUCCAAAACGGGUAUGUGCAUGGCCUUACGUGGCAUAGUGCGACCGGAUAGUCCCACUACUGGUCCGAGAUGUGUUUUUAUCGCGGCAUAUGAAGCGGGUCAUAUUCUACUCUUUGGUGAUGGUCAUGUCAUCUCCCGAAUCGAUAAUUGUUUAGGCACCGCUGUUCCCGUCAUGUGUCUUGGAAUGCAGCCGAUCAUUCCUGGCCAGUGUAAAAGGCUCGUUGUCGUUGGCGGACCUAGCACCGAGCAUUCGGUCACAAACACAUCUGCAACCAAUGUAACCCUCCUCCAUCUCGUGUUCAACGAAUCGGUUACCGGCUGUUGGCAACUAAACAAAACCAAUAGCCAGCUUCAGACAACGACUUGUGGAAUUUCAAGCGUUGCCUGGCGUCCUGACGGUCGUAUUGUUGCCAUCGGGCAAUGGAAUGGUCAUCUUCAGUUAGCUGAAUUUACCGGUGGCUCAAGGCUUGCACUGCGCAAUUUGGGCUGGCUUACUAGUCUUGGUGGAUUAGGUGAAGGUGAGCUCUUGGGAGACUGGGCAGCUACCUCAGUGACAAAACCGCAUGGACCGCAGGUUGACCAAAAGUCGACUUCCAUUCGUUGUUGCGUUUUCACCACUCACUCUCAUUGGCUAAUCAGCGCGGCCCCAGCCAACGCCGGUGCUCUCGGCAGUUUACUUGUUUGGGAUGUUUAUAGAACGAACAUGUGACCAGUGUACACACUUUCUGUGGAAAUAUUUUCCUCCAGCGUCCUAAUAAUUCGCUGAAUCAUUCAUCCACUUUAAAAUGAAUAAUCAUAUGAAUAAUCAUAAAGAAAAUUUAUUCUUCAUAUUCUUGUUGCUUUCUUGUG